AUGCAGAAGAACAAAAUCCCGUGCUCUGACGCCCCGCCCGUAUGGAAGCCGAAUUACCCUAAAAGUCCAAAAAAGGGCACUCCCGCUGCUGAUUACAACCCUGAUCAAAAUCCAACGAACCCUGACCUAAACUGGGCUUUGGCUACCUGCAUGGUAAAAUCAAGAUGGCUGCACCCACCGCCUGUCUGCAUGCGCUUUUUUGUAUAA